AAUAUUGCAACAAACGUCAAAAUGAAAAUCAAUCAAAGUCAAUCGAAAAACUACAGAAUAUGUACUAUAGAAAUACAAAAAAACAGAAAAAAAAAAUUUAUACAUACAAUACCUUUAUUUUUUUAAGCACUUGUGAUAAUUUCCACCUUUUGGUAUUAAAUUUGCUUUAGUUUACUAUACUUUUUAGUGAUUUCUAUUCCAAAAAGUAACGGCAUACUCAUGGAUGACUCUACGGUUCCCUUACACUUGGAGCCUAUGCAGCAAAGUGAAGUGUGUGACAAAAGACUGUGGAUUGGAAAUCUGGAUCUUAGAGUUAAUGAGUAUCAAUUACUGAAAAUGGUUCGCGUGUAUGGAAACAUUGAGAAGUUCGACAUGUUAUUCCAUCGCAGCGGGCCCAAUGCAGGGCAGCCGCGUGGGUUCGCCUUUGUCACCUUCAAGAUGAGACAGGAUGCUAUUAAAGCCAUGAAUUCUCUAAAUGGUCAGCUCUUGGGAUCGAAAAGAAUUUGUGUUAAAUUUGCCAAGACUACAUCGGAUGACCAAGAUAAACCAAAACCAGAACUGGGUAUUGCAGCACUUGCUGGUGCUAAGCCAGAAUUGAAGCUCAGCAAGAAAACUGCUAUCCAAUCAAUAGAGGCAAAGCUCAAAAUGAUGGAAAACAUGAAGGCUGGUGAUGACUUUGUCAUUAACAAGUUGGCAGCUAAUGAGACUCCUGUUAUCACUCAGUACCAGAUGAAGCAGCACCAACCACCAAAUAAAACAAUAAGUUCAUUUAGAAGGCGGCAUCCAUAUCAUAAAAAGAGAUAGGUGCAAUUUGUAAGGGUGUCUCAUAGUGAUUUUAAUAGCAGUGUUAUGAAUUUAAAAAAAGUAUACUUUACAUGGAUUGAAAUGAAACUUAAAUGAGGAAAUUUCGUUUUUAAUCUAUAUAAAGACUACUAAAUUAAUAAUGUGUGUAUACUUACCGGCUUAUUAACCCUUAAAUGUGCAAUUUUUCUAAUUUCACUCCAAUGUGGAGAGCCAUACUGCAGCUAUAUUAUUGGUAUAGUUGUAUCACAAAUGGGUCGGCUCUACUGGGGAAAGCCACAUUCUCACAGAAUACUCCUGUGUUUUGUAUGGUGAGUGUAGAGAACCGGAAACCCUUUUACUGGAAACAAGGCAUUCCAUCUUAGUGCUCACGGGUGACAACGCAUCUGCAUAUUGAUUUGUAAUCAAGGAUAGAUGUAUGCCCCAUCAGUAAGUUUUGCCAUCUUUAGAAGGUACAAUAACUUUCCAAUUUCCUGAGAUAUACUUUUGUGGACACAGAUAGAUUAAACAUCUGUUUUAGUACCGAAAACAAAUUGUUAAUGAAAAUAAAUUGUAUUUGCUUCUCUUCUGCGUUAUCUGGUUGCUCUUUUAUAAGUGGUGGGUCUUAUUCAUUAUUACUAUCCUGAAGAUCCCAUAUUUUCUGCAGAAUUUUCAUACAAUUUUGCCUGACAGAUUUCAUUUUCACUGACAGAGUCCCGAGAGAAUAGAUAGAUGGAUAACGACGGGCUGUUUUCCGCAACUCUACGUCAAGCGCGUAUUUUGCAUGCGGGCAGGAAUAAUGUGAUCUCCCCGAAGAAGUUAAACAGUCCUUUGAUGUUGCGAGAAACUUCGGGGAGUGAUCCUGGCGUGUCGAGAUGUUUAGCCCUGUAUGCAGUGACCUCCAGAUAUGUCAGUAACACGUGGGUCGCCGUUUCUUCCUCCCCCAUACAUGCCCUGCAUGGGAGACUAUUUGUAACACCCAUGGCAAAUAAAUGUUUGUUAAAGGAGUCAUUCCUGCCCUAAAACCCUCUCAGAUAUGAGGGAAGGCCUUGCCCAGCAGCGGGACGUACAUAGGCUGUAAUUUUUAAAGGAGCCAUGUCGUCCUGUGAUAGCACUUGUUACUAUACUGAUCUGUGGCUUGUUCAAUGUCACCUUGGUUAAACGACUGUUUAUUUCUGGGCAGGGCCUCGGUAGUUUGUCUACAGUCUACUAGAUUUUUCUAAAGCUGAGCAUGUUGAUUAGUGAAGUUUUUAUGUACCAGUGAACGAAUGUUACCAAACAUAAUUGGUAUGAUUGGUUCUGGCCCUCUAAUCCUCUUCUGGCCAGUUCGUCUGCUGCCUUGUUGCCCCUGGAUCCUUUGUAGCCCUUUAUCCAUUGCAGUCACAUUGUUAUGUUUACAUACCUUAUUUAGUUUUUGAUGGCAUUCAUAUAUUAGUCCCAAGUUUACCACAUUGCAACUCAGAGCUUGUAGUACUGCCAUGCUGUCGGUCAGUAUUCUAAUGGAAUCUUUUACCUUCCUAGCAUCUAUUGCUAUGGAUGCUUGGAUGAUACCCAUAGAUUCUGCCAGCGGUGUACAUAAAUGUGGAUAUUAAGAUCUUCCGAGAAAGUUUCUGUACCUUCAUUUGUUUUGUAACCAUCCGUGAAAAUUCUUUUGGGUUUAAAUCCACACGCUGGUUUGUUUUAUUUAAUUAUAUCUUGUAUUUUUUAACGAACACAAAUUGUUUAGGGAUCUUAUUGUAUUCGGCUUGUAAGAUAGGAAUUUUGGAGUAAAUGCUAUCAAUUAUACCUGUAUGAGGGAUUCUACUCUCACUCCCAAAGAUAUUAGGGCCUUGAGUAUAAUGGCAGCUAGUCGCUUCUUGUCGUAUGUGUAUGUGAAGCGGGGUUAGCUCCAGUACAGCUUUGUCCGAGAGAAAGAUAUCUGUCAUGCUGCUGUAAUUGCAUUUCUUACUAUUUUAUUUACGAUAAUUGUAAAAUUUCAGCACAAACCUCGAAUAUUUUUUAUAUGUAAUUAAGUUUCAAUCAAUUUUCUCAAAAGUAGACGCUCCUCAACCAGAUCACUGGCUGUGAAAUAUUCUCUACAAAUGUAAAAUUUUGACGAAGUGAUAGAAAAUAUUACAAUUAUAUAUUAUAAAUAUCCUGUGUGUAAAUUAGUAUUUCUAACAUAAUAUGUUGAGACAUUAUCAUAUAAAAAUACAAUCUAUGAUUGCACUAAAACAGGAAUGUUCUGGAAAGUACAAAGCACAUUUAUGGGUUAAUAUUGCAAUUUUAAUAAAUAUUAUUUUAGCCUAUUUCAAACAUGAACUUGCAUAUCCCUCUCUUCUAAGUUUAAUGUUCUUUAUCAAAUUUUAUGUUAAGAAGAUAAUGCAAUGACAUAACAAAAGAAAAUGCCGUGAACACUUAGUAUAUCACUUACAACAUAUAAUUACAGUGCCCACGACAUAUUUGUGUAAACUGACACUUGCCUUUGGGAGUUUAUUUAAGGAAUAGACUAACUACAUCUUGGAAAUUAUUUACUUUAUUGUUUAAUAGUAUGUUAGUUUAGUUUGAGGAAAAAUUUCGUUUUAAUUAGCCAAAUGUAGAGAGUACUGGAAAGUAUAUAUGUAACAAACUUAGUGUCCAUGCAAUUGUUUAAAAUUAACAGUAUUAAAUUUCUUUUUUACUUAUUUGUAGCAAAAAGUGUUCUCCAUAACCUGCUUUUAUGUUGAAUUAAAUGUAAUUUUAGGUGUAAGUUGUUAAUUGCUAGCCUUUUAAUGUAAAAUCUAACACCAGGAGUGUGUUCACUAGAAUCAAAUUUUGUCUUAAUCAAUUGAUAUGAAUUAUAACAUACACAAGUGUAAAUUGUUUAUAUGGCUCAAGCUCAGAGCUAAUAGCUUAUUAAUAGGUUUGAAGAGGUGAACAGGAACAAUUUUAUUUAUUGCCAUUAAUAUUAACAUCUCAAACAGUUUAGGUUGUUAGGUAGGUCAUUUAAAAAUACAGAUAGAAUAAAACUAAAAUCUACUUGUAUUCUAGUACAAAAAAAUAAAAUAAUUGAAUAAAUCUUCAUGGAAAACCAAUCUGUAAAAAAAUUAAGAACCAAAACCGAUAAUACUUUUAAGCAUAAAUAAAUGUCGAUAAUAUGAAAGAAUAAAUGAAGUUUUUGCUUGUACUAUUCACAUAAAUCUUUUAGUGUUUUUUGAAGGAAUGUAACACUUAUGUACUAACUGGCUGUAAGAUGGGUUGUCGGUACCAUCCACUACCCUCCUACUUACUUCCAACGGACUUAAAACAUUUAUGUGAUUAUUAUUAAUAAAUAUGUAUUUGUAUACAUAUUUAUAUCAAUUAAUCCAGUUGCAGAUUUUUGAGACUUCAAUUAUUAUUAGUAAGAUAAACGUUUAUAUAUAUUGUAAAUAAAAACAUUGAGUCUUAAGACAUGCUGGAGCCAUCAUUAACAUUUCAAAUCAUAAUAAUUAAACAAUUUAAGC